UUUAUAAAUUAGUGUUAGUUAUAUAUGGUGCAGAUUCACAGGUGAAUGACCUUAGCCAUAAGGAUUCCUUCAUUUAUUUUGGGCACCAUGGUAUUUCAGUUACCAAUGGCCGCAAGCACACAUUAUACCAUCCCUAUGUUCCUUCCCUAUCUGUCUUCCUCUACGCACAAAGUUACGGGACCUAUUAAUUCUCUAUGCUUCAGCCUUCCAUUUUCAGCUUCGAAGUUCAACACUCCUUCUAUCGGAGCCACCAGGUCAAAAAUACUUCUGUCACCAAGGCUUGCAGGUCGGGUAUGCAUGGUCAAUGGGUUGCUGGGUGAUGAUUCUUUUACUUCUGUGGAGCCCGAAUCAAACAAUUCAGAAGAGGGUGCUAGUAUUGACUUAAAUCUUCCAAGAAGAAGUUUGCUUGUACAAUUUACAUGCAAUUUGUGUGGUGAAAGAACAGAGAGGCUUGUUAACAGAUUAGCUUAUGAAAGGGGUUCUGUUUUUGUUCAGUGUGCAGGCUGUCUUCGGCAUCAUAAGUUAGUUGACAAUCUCGGACUUAUCACGGAGUACGACUUUCGGGAGGAAACAAACAUAGAGUCAGAAGUCGAUCAAAUUUAAUGUGCAACUCGGGUGAACAUUUUUAUACAUUACCAAAUUCAGACCCGGUGCUGGUGCUGGUGCUGUAUCCGAAUCUGCUGUGGAAUCCGGUGGUGCUGGGGGACUCUUGUUGACAAUUGUUGGUGCUGGAGCUGGUGCAUGAUGUUUUUUGUGCUUG